GGACUCUGCGGUCAUGGCCGGCACUCUGCCCCAGUACGGCUCUCCGAACUCCGGCUACAGCGCCAACAACGCCGCGGCUGUGCCGGCGAUCACCCAGACGGACUCCAGGGACAAAUGGAGCAAGAAGAUGGACUUUCUCCUGUCUGUCAUCGGGUUUGCGGUGGAUUUGGGCAACGUUUGGAGAUUUCCUUACAUUUGUUAUCAAAACGGUGGCGGUGCUUUCCUCAUCCCCUACAUUUUGAUGGCGAUCUUUGGUGGCGUGCCGCUGUUUUACAUGGAGCUGGCUCUCGGGCAGUUCCACCGGACUGGAGCCAUAUCCAUAUGGAAACACAUCUGUCCCAUUUUCAAAGGAAUAGGAUAUGCCAUCUGUGUCAUUGCUCUGUACGUGUCCUUCUACUACAACACCAUCAUCGCCUGGGCCCUGUUCUACUUCUACUCCUCCUUCUCCAGCAUCCUCCCCUGGACUAACUGUGAUAACGUCUGGAACACCCCCGACUGCACCAACUACUUUGGAAUGGAUAAUGUGACUUGGACAAAUUCCUCCAGGUCUCCGGCAGAGGAAUUUUACACGAGGAACGUUCUUGAAAUCCACAAGUCGUCAGGACUAAGAGAUGUCGGGGGUGUUCGUUGGCAGCUGAUGCUCUGCCUCUUUCUUAUCUUCACUAUAGUUUACUUCAGCCUCUGGAAGGGUGUGCGAACCUCAGGGAAGGUUGUGUGGGUCACCGCCACCUUGCCUUACAUUGUGCUUUUUAUCCUGCUGAUUCGAGGUGCAACUCUGCCAGGAGCCUGGAGAGGUGUGGUGUUUUAUCUGAAACCACAGUGGGACAAGCUGCUGGAGACCAGUGUGUGGGUGGACGCUGCUGCUCAGAUCUUCUUCUCUCUGGGUCCUGGGUUUGGCGUUCUUUUGGCUCUUUCCAGCUACAACCCUUUUACAAAUAACUGCUAUCGUGAUGCCAUUGUGACCAGUUUGGUGAACUGCCUGACCAGCUUUGUGUCAGGCUUUGUAAUCUUCACUGUGCUGGGCUACAUGGCAGAGAUGAGGAAGGUCGAGGUUGAGGAUGUGGCCAAAGAUAAAGGGCCAAGUCUACUUUUCAUCACGUACCCAGAAGCAAUUGCAAACAUGAUGGGGUCUACUUUUUUUGCUAUAAUUUUUUUUGUGAUGAUGAUCACACUGGGACUCGACAGCACGUUUGGAGGGCUGGAGGCAAUCAUCACCGCUGUGCUGGACGAAUACCCAGAUUAUUUCUCUCAUAGACGUGAGCUUUUUGUUCUGUGCUUGGUGGUCGUCUGUUUCCUGGGUUCUCUAAGCACUCUCACAAAUGGUGGCGCCUAUGUGGUGAAGCUACUGGAGGAGUUUGGAGUAGGAUGCUCCAUCAUCGCUGUGGGUUUCCUUGAAGCUAUUGCAGUUUCCUGGUUCUAUGGGAUUAAAAGAUUUAGUAACGAUGUUCAGGCGAUGCUCGGCCAAGCCCCUGGAUUGUUCUGGAGAGUGUGCUGGGUUGCUAUAAGUCCUGCGUUUCUGGCGUACAUCAUAGUGAGCUCUCUGUUGAAAGCACCUCCCCUCAUGCUGUUCGACUACAAGUAUCCAGACUGGAGCAUCACAGUCGGCUACAUCAUCGGCUUCUCCUCCUUUAUGUGGAUCCCCAUAUACAUGGUCUACAAACUGGUGUGGACCCCUGGUUCUCUCAAACAGAGGCUGGCUGUGUGUCUGAGACCAGAGAGGACCAUCCCAGACGUCCAUACUGACAGUCUCAACAUGGCCGCCGUAUCACAGAAAGACACGAACACCUCUGUGUGCUUGUGAACUCCUCUUUAAUUAAACCACAGUUUCAAGUAAUUUGUGAUUGAACCCCGACGUGACCUGUCAUCAUGACUGUUCUCCUGGUGGUGAUGUUGAACACGUCAGAUGGCUUUUUCACAGCAGACUGGCGAAAAGUUGAAUGCUGCUACAUUUGAGGAUCUAAGAUAGCAAUAGCUAUAUCUUUACUUUGUGUAAGUCAGACCUGCAUCACCUGCACAGUCCACAGCUCUGUAAUAUGGCUAUUUUCUCAUGUGAUACUAGUUUUGUUGUAUGCUCUGUGGUCUGUUUUAACAUUAAUGCAGUUGCAUCUCAACAAGAAUAAUUAGACAAUAUUAAAAAGUUACCUUGUUUCAGAAAUAAAAAGUGAGUUCAUAAGUAGAUUUUUCAUAAGACACUCUCCACUCUCACAUGGAGAGUGAGAUAUUUUAAGUGUUUGUUUCUCUUUUAUUUGAGGAUGAUGGCUUAGA